UACCUGCGCUGAAAUUAAUAAUGGUCGAAAUUUAUAUUAAAGACAAAGUCAAACUAAAGAAUUAAGUCUAAAAAAAGAAUAAGGCAAUAACUAUUAUUUAAAUUUAAGAUAAUAAACUGCGAUACGAUAUUUGAUUUUGUCAGUCUCAAUUGUCUGAUACUCUUUGAUUGUUAAUAAUAUCCUUGAAAAUUUUGACAAGUUUAAAAAAACUAAGCGAGAACUGCUUUAGUGCCGACCGGCACAUUGUUUUUUUUUUGGUUUUGAUAUUUUGUGCCGCAAAAAAAGCUUCUUAGUUUCAAAGAAAAUUUCUUUGAAUAAAAGAAACUGUGCAUUAAAUCAAAGAAAUUAUAACAUUGAUAUAGGGUCAAACACGGGGAGAAAUAGAUGGUAAGAUCUUAAGAUGGUUAUAAAAGUAGAUGUUAUCCGGUACCACGAUUAUGCUACUCGGUACCAUCAAAGAUGUUACAAAAAAUAUGGUUAUGUUACCCACUAUAAUCAAGAUGUUACUCCGUACAAUUUGGAUUGUAAAUGGUAUCUUCCAUUCGCUUCCAUCUUAGAAUAAGAUGUUAAUUUUAAUAUUUAGAUGCUUUAUUUCUAUUAUAACAUCUUAAAAUAAGACACUUUAAAUAACUAAAAAGAUGAUACUACCAAAACGAAUAAACUCUAGGCAGCAUUUAAAACUUUUUCUAAACCUUUCAAUCAUGGCUGUAUCAAAUAAUGUAAUUCUUUUGGAAAUUAUUCUUCUUAUUAUGCUGUGCACCAGCAGCAAUGCUUCUGCAUUAAAUGGGGAACAAAAAACGAGGGAUGAAGAAAUUGCAAAUCUCACUGCUUUAGGAAUGGUUGAGGCCGAAUUGUUUUAUGACUUAACGCAUACCUACGGAAAAUUUUGAUAAAAAUUGUUCAAAUAGAUUAGAGAAAAUGUUCAUUACUCAUAAUGAGAUCAUUAUUUCUUACAGUAGAAGAGUCGAGCCUCAAAAUUUUGUCGCAGCUCGAAAUUAUUUUCGAGAGAUUUAUAAUGAAACAAUUGAAAUAUAUAAACGUAAUAAUUUAUCAUCUGUAAUAAGUUUUGAAGAUUGCUUUAUGAUUAUGCAUUACACUGAUUAUGGCUUUGAACGAAUAAGAGAUGAAACGGAUGAAGGUAGACAAAUGAGGAAUGCUUUUUACAGAUUAGCAAUUGUACAAUCCAAAGAUCCAAAAAAAUAUCAUCGUUCUAUAUUGUAUCGAGGACAAGAUGAAUUGAAUACGUGGUAUAAAGAACGUUAUCGUGUAAAUGAAACGGAAAAAUUGAUUAGAUUUACUUCAACAACAUCAGAUGAAGCAGUAGCAAUUAAAUACGCGCAAUUAAGAAACAAUGCAACUAACAUGACUUCAACAGUUUAUGAAAUGUAUUUUCCAAAGCCAUUUUUGAGUGCAAAUAUUGAAAAAAUAGCAGAAAACGAACAUAACAAAGAAACAGUUCUUCUUCCAGGAACGCAAUUAUUUGUUAACAAUAGGACUAAGAGGGAGUUACCAAAAUCAAGAAUUUUUAAAAGAAUUGGAAGUAAUUUUUAUUAUAUUUUUGAUGGUGUUGAUUUAACAAUAAAUGUAACUCAUGUUGAUAACUCGAGUUAUUUUGAACAACAAAAAGAAGUAAUGAUAAAAUUAAAAGAACUAAAAGCUUCUGAUACGAAAUUUUAUGUCGACUGUUAAGUAUCUUUCUUUCUAUUUGUAAAAUAAUAAGAGGAGGAUAAAAUCGAAAAUUUUCAUUUUUAAUGGGUUACAUACCCAUUAACUUCGUUUAAAAAAAAAAUUUAAACAACGGUUAAAUUUUUUUUUGAAAAUUCCUCUUUUUGACGCGCAUAAAGGUAUAUAUAUAUAUAUAAAAAUUUUUUUUAAAUUAAAAAAAUUUUAAUUCAUUUUGGGUGUAAAAAAAAAACUUUAUACAAUAUAUACGAAUUGAUUCGUUUUAAUUCAAGGAGUACAAUUAUUUUAUGUAUUAACUUGAAUUUAAAUAAACACAAAAAUUUUUUUAGCUAAAAUAUGAAUUUUUGAUUUUUUAAUUUUCAUUAAUUUUUAAAAUUUUAAUCAAAUCUAUACUUUAUAUAU